AUGCGACACUACCGCUGGGCUCUACUCGCCAUACCCCUCGCUCCCACUCUGAUCCUCUCGGCUCCGCGCGCCCACGCCGUUAUGGCUUCCGCCUCCGGUCCGUCAACGUCAACGUCAGCGGUUGCUGAUUCGUCAAAGUUCGGCUACCGGUCGACGGCGGAAGAUGUGACGGCGGGCGUCGAUUUGAGCGGCAAAGUGGCAAUCGUAACGGGCGGCAGCAGCGGCAUCGGCACGGAGACGGCGCGGGUGCUGGCGCUGCGAGGCGCGUCCGUGGUGCUCGCGGUGCGGAACACGGAGGCGGGGGAGGCCGCCAAAGCCGCCAUCAUCAAGGACAUCGAGGGGCGGAGCGCAGCGGCGGCGGGGGUUCCGGCGGCGGUGCGCGAGCGCGUGAGCGUGAUGCCGCUGGAUUUGGCGUCGCUCAAGUCGGUGCGCGCGUUCGCCGCGGAUUUCUUGCGCCUUAACCGCCCGCUGCACCUGCUCAUCAACAAUGCGGGCGUGAUGAUAUGCCCGUUCAUGCUCACUGCGGACGGCCAUGAGAACCAGUUCGGCACCAAUCACGUGGGCCACUUCCUGUUGACCAACCUGCUGCUGCCGAAGCUCAAGGAAACUGCCAAGCAGGAGGGCGCAGAGGCGCGCAUCGUGAUCGUGUCCUCCGCCGCGCACCAGUUCCCGUACCCGGGCGGCAUCCGCUUUGACGCCAUCAACGCCAAGGAGGGGUACGACUCGGUGAGGGCGUACGGGCAGUCCAAGCUCGCUAAUAUCCUGCACGCACGGGAGCUCGCACGGCGGCUCAAGGAGGAGGGUGCAGGAGUGACAGUGAACGCGUUGCACCCGGGGGUGAUUGACACCAACCUCUCACGUCACAUUGUGCCACCAGGGACCAUCUGGCACACCCUCGGACGGGGAGCGUACAGCCUGGUGUUCCAGUGGUUCAUGAAGACCAUUCCUGAGGGUGCGGCCACCUCAUGCUUCCUGGCGGCGCACCCCUCAGUGGCGGGUGCAAGUGGGGGCUACUACGCAGACGCGCGGGCAGCCGAGGGCAAGGCGACGGUUUUGAGCAAGGACAUGGAGCUGGCUGGGAAGCUGUGGGAGCUGAGUGAGCAGAUGGCGAACAAGGAGUAA